AUGGUAGCUCGACAAUUCUGGUUUGCCCAAAGCGUGCCGCACUUUGAUGUAUCUUGCUGGAAUACAGGGAGACUUGGUACAGAAAAGCUCACAAUGGCUCAAUAUACCACGCAUCGGGAGUUGAUGGAUCUGAGAGGUAGGUCAGCAACAACAAUUCCAUUCAAUUUCUGUUUCAAUGCAACACUUGGAUUUGCAGACUGGUGGUAUGAACUAUCAAUUGGUAUGUACUGUUCUGGGUACCAGGAAAUCAAAAUCUCCUUUGGCAUUGGCAAGUUUGCCAAAAACAAGCCAGUUGGUGGUGUUGUAGAAAGAGAGAAGAAAGGGAAAAGAAAAAGUGUUGCCACAGCAAAGACUGGUGGUCAAUCAAGCAAGAAGAGCACUGCAACCGCCGUUGUAAGGGCAAAAACAAGUACUGGGAAGGAUGCUCCAACCUCCACCCGUCGAUCCAAGAGGUUGAUUGGUAGGAAGCGGUCUACUAGUGAAGUCAGCAAUAAGAAGCAAAAGAAUAAUGAAAACGCGCAGUUCGAGCGCUCCAACCACUUCUGGGAAGAAAGCUCCUCCAUCCUUUCACUCAAAGCUAGAUUGGAACCAACAAAAGUGGCAUCUUAUGUGAAAACAGAAGAAAUGUCUAGUGUCCCUGAAAUGCCUCUAGGAGUUGCUUUGCAACAAAUCACAGAGAUAUUUCAAUUGUCUGCCAAAGAAGUAUAUACCGAAAGGAUAUUUGAGCUAUUAUGGAGAAUUUUAACUAUGGAUAUGGAGAGACUCCGUAUUAUGGUUGUGAUUCUGAAUAUGGAGACUAUCCUACAUAUCAAGAAGAUCCGUACUCUUGGAACAAUUCAUUUUCUGAGCCUUACUAUGGUUGUGAUUAUCAAAGGUCGUCAACCUACUCUGAGAGAGCUAGCAGCCUUACAGUCAUCACCUUUUAGACCCACUUUGAGACAGUUAGGAUCUUCCUAUCAGCAGCCACCUGCUAAACCUCAACUUAGUGUUAGAGAGGGAGCUCUUCGAGAAUUACAAAGUGAAAAAGGCCAACAACUUAUCGAAGAAGUCAAUCAAUAUAGGUUGAUUGUGGGGUUGCCGAAAUAUGAUCCUAUAGGAAAUUUGCUUAAAUUGAAUAAGAAUGAGAAAAUUUCUGAAGAUAAUUCAUUGGUCCUGUCUCCCCAUCCACCAUCUCAAACUGAGCUUGAAUGUGAAGAAUUAGAAGAGACCGAAGAGAUUACAAGUCUAGAUAUUACAAGUUCUCUUGAUUCUUCUGGUAUAUACAUAGUAGUUAAGCAUGAUUCGCUCAUUCUGAGAGUUGGUGACAAGGAUGUAGAUCAAGUUGAUUUCACUGAGCAGAACAUUCCUAUAGUUUCAAAAGAAGGGUUUCAAGUAGAUAAAUGUGGCGAGGUUGUCCAUAGUAUAAGAGAUAGUGUGGAUGAUGUGAAAGUUGGUUCAAUGAAAGACCAAGAAGAGGAUCAAUGGUACAAGAUUGAAUUUGAGAAAGAGGAUGUUGUAGUGUUGGAGUAUAAGUUUAUAUUUUCUCAUGGAAAGGAGAACCACUAUAAGAGAUUCAUUAUUGCUGCUGAACAUGGUUUCUUCUGGUAUCGAGAUAGGGUUUGGCCGAAACAAGGUGGUGCGGCUGUUUUUGGAGUUGAAUUGGGGCAACUGGAGACCAACAUCAAAGAGGCUAUUGUUGCCAAAUCAAAGGCAAAGGAAGAACUGGAGAAGGCACAAGCCAAACGGAAACAACUGGAGGCGGAGCUAAGUGGUGUUGUUGCAAACACUGAUGUGGCACUUGAUGGAUAUGGGCGGAUGACCACCAUUGUGAACCAGCUGCAUCCCAAGUUCCAGGAUGCUGGAAAAGUUGUAGAAGGUGCGCAAUCCAGCUGGAACUUUCUGAAGAAUACCAUCACCAAGCUAACACAGGAAGUAGGAACAACUCCCAACUCUCUAAUGCCCAUGACUCAGACCCCUCCAAGUCAUCCUGAAGUCGGUGCAACAGUAGAAGAAAGGCAAACAACUUUAGGAAUGCGACAAGAUGUGACACCACCUGAAGAAGAGGCCCUUGAUGUGGCACUGUUAGCUAGCAGGCCUGCAACCCCUCCAGCAGAGAUAUGA